AUGACCGGCAAGGUACAAGACAAGUCCAGGGAUAAGAACAAAACCCGAGGAAAGUUUAACGACGGCCUUUCCGCGGAAGAGCGCAAGAAGCGUUACGACAGUAAGGCAUGCCUCCGCUGCGGCGAAGUAGGACACUUCCGCAGGGACUGCCCGAAGAAUGAAGUCAAGCAAGGAGCGGUCAAGAUUGGGAUGCUACGGAUAGCAACACCUUACCCAACUGAGGAGCCAGACGAGACUCUCAGCGACCUAGACCUGUACGACGAAGCAAGACAAGCCACCGACGAGGCCUUUGAGCUAGUACAAGAGGCAAUAAGACUCCAAGACUUCAAGUGGGACGACCCACUACCAACGGAUUGGCAGGUUGAAGGGGCCGAAGUACUACGCCGCCUAAGAAACCAACAAUGCUGGAUUUAUGGAAAUGCCAAGCACCAAGCCAACGAUUGCGACAUCGAAGGACGAGUCACAAUCACGGGGCCUAGAGCAGAGGAAAUUGCCUGCAAGGCUGCCCAGGAACAACCCAGGUUCAAGGAACCUAAUGACGAGGAGACGCCUCGGACGUUCAAGGAACGAAUGGAGCAACACGAGAGCCUAUGUUGGGUCGACUGCCCAAGACAGUGCGAUUAUCACUUGAGGAAGCGAGAAGCGACCAGGGACAACGAGGACGAUUGCUGCCACACGAAUUUAUGGCAUAACGAGUGUCGAGUAUUGCAUUGUCACAUGCACCAGCCAGGAGAAAAGGAAGCUCAUGAAGAGCUAUGCUGGGUUAACUGUACGACCAAUUGCCAGUUUCAUCAGAAACAACGACGGAACGCUCGAAAGGUAGACGACUACUACCAUAGCACGAUAUCCGCCGAAGAAUGCAAUGCAAAGCACUGUAAGAUGCACAGGGCACAGAAGCCGAGAGUCACGACGACCAGAAUGCCUAAGCAAGUGCUGAGAAAGCCCAACAAGGACAAGAGCCAUGAACGACUCUUAUGGACGCAUUGCAGGAAGGGAUGCGCCUUCCACCGACAACAGUUUGAGGAUGCUCGAGGAGUGAACGACCACCUCCAUAGCACCCUGUCAGCAAACAUUUGUGAGGCAAUGGAUUGCCCGAUUCACAAAGUAAAGAAGCCGAGACCAACGAGGGAGAUAGCGAAGCAGGAAAUUCCGCACCAGAACACCCAUUGGAGCUUCUGUUACGACGAUCAGUGUAUGAUACACUAUUCCGCCAAGGCAGGCGAAGGCUACUUUCCUACGCAGAAGAAAAGUAGGCAGUCAAAAAACUAG